AUCAGGCAACCAUGCUUGGUUCGACGAUGGCUUAGUCGCAAGUCAGUCAGUCAGUUCGCCGCGAACCUCCGUCGCGUGCUUAUGCGUAUUUUAUUAUUUUAUUAAUAAUAAAAAAAUAGUAAAAAAAAGAAAGAGAAAAAUUACGAUACGUCGAGAGUCUCGGCGAAACCUUCUUCUUCCACGAAUUUAAAUGACUCACGCUGAUCAGGGGAAAGGGGUUGAUCUAAUCUACUCAGCCAUCAACAGGUGAAAUAAUAAGUGACGGUACAUAUACGGUUUAUCUCGCAGUUCUCGUUCUACUCGCUCUGCUCGCGUGUGAAUAUGUAUGAUGCGGAUCCGAGUGUAUUGCCGAGUGUGCGAUGUAGGAUCUCUCUAUCUUAUCGGACAAUACGUACAAUACGUAUCUACAUUUGAAGGAGAAUAGGAAAAAGUUUUCACACAUAAGAGUGUGAAAUAGAAAAGAAGAGAGAAAGAGAAAGCACUCAUAAGAGAAAGAGAAGAACGACAUGGCGCCCCCCAACAGACCGCCUCGCCCUGGCUCCGGCCUCAGUCUCUCCGUACUCGACCUGGCGCAGAUACGAGCAUUGGUCGAGUCAACGGGGAUGCUGGGCGGAUCCACGUGUCCAUCUUGCGAGAUGCCGUUCGACAAGGGCAAGAAACGUCGUCUGAUCGACUCCUGCGGUCACGAGCGUUGCUACUCCUGCCUGUUUCGGAACGAGGCCUGUCCGCUUUGCUUGCACGGCUACGAUCUCAACAACGAUGAUAGACUGGAGGAACCAACUUUCAGGGACGAGUUCACUGUUUCCGCGACUCCGCUGUCUGUUUUCGCGCCCACAGACGGUUGGCUCGAUGAGUCAUCGACGGUGAAUUCUCUCUGCGGCAGCCCCAGGCUACCACGCACCAAAAUCACCACGAGGGCUAAUCUGCCGUCGCGGAUUAUGCACCAGCGAGCUGGAGUAGAAAAUGUCUCGUUGGCAGCGAUGGGGAAGAACUUGAGAAGCAAGGUUUCACAGCUUCCAGAUUCUUCUAUCUUUCAAGGUCAACAAAAACUUGAAAUGACACAAAGUUGUCCUACGCCGCCAAAUCAACGAAAAAGAUUCUUUCUUAACCCGAAAGUGCUCAGAAGCUCCUUCGCCGCCCAGAGAUCCUCUAGACGUACAACAUCCUCGCCCGAACCGAUCACGAAUGACAACCCUUCCGCGUUAUCAGCUUGGAUGACUUCGUCCUUGGAAGGAAAAGCGAGAUGGCCCGGCGUUGUCCUGGGAAAAAUCAAGUCUCUGUGGAGUAGCAGUCAAGGCACAGCUAGCGACGGGCUAAAUCAGCUUAUCAGCUCGUCAGACAAAGUCGCAGAUGACGAGGGCGGUUGCGUGAAACCGCUAUCUUCGAAAACCAGGAAAUCGUCGCAGUCGGAUCUGUACAUGAGAUUGGGUCUGCUGCUAGGAUCCGGUCGUGCGAAUGUGAGUUCAGAAUCAAACGCAUGUCCCUCCUCGCGAACUCCGGCAGUCCCAGGACACGACAGCUCGGCAGCUUCAUUCAGUAGUCUGACUAGCUUCGAAACGCAGACACUGGCCUCAACGAACACGAGUCCGGUCUCAACAUUAACGGGUACAUCAAGUGAAGCAGAAGCCGCAGCAGCGCUGCGAUGCCCCGUCAAACCAAAGGCCAAAACCAAGGGAAAGGCCAAGUCCAGAGACUGUGACAGCGCCGGUAGCCUGGCAUCCAUUUCCACGUCAUUAUCCGCGUCCACAUCGAUGUCUAUGUCCAUGUCGGUGUCUGUUUCUGGUCUGUCAAAUGGUAGUGGUUCGAGUCCUCUCGCAUCUAGAAGGCACUCUGCCAAUGCCGCGCAGACAGGUCAAGCCGAUGAGCUUGGUCAGUUGAGGAACAGACGAUCUUGCACUCGGAGAUCAGCGAGAGCUAGCAACAUUAAGGCUUCAGCGGAUGCUAAAUUACGUUUCAUUCAACAUCAUGCAGCGCAAUUGACCCUGAAGCCGUUGUUCUUCGAAGUGCCGUUACUAGAGGAGGAUCCGCUCUUCGCCGGACGGCAAUGGUUGUUACACGAAUUGGAAUCUGUGAUCAAUGGCUCUAGUCCCGGCAUUCUGAUCUCUGGAUCGCCGGGCACAGGAAAGACUGCGCUUGUACUGCAACUAGUGGAACACAGUUGUUUUGGGAGAAGGAGGGAACAGUUGGAUAGAUCUUCGGAGAUGAGUGAGGAAUGCGACGAGAAGGAGAGACAAAGUAGUAACACAACUCUUCAAGCUAAUAUUCGACAUACCAACGAAAAAGUUCGCGAAUUAGCUUCACACGUUGUGGCAUAUCAUUUUUGUCAAGCCGAUAACAAUAGUACCUGUCUAGUGCCGGAUUUAAUUCAUUCACUAGCGGCGCAACUUUGCCAGGCUCCUCAAUUGAUCUCGUAUAGAGAAUAUCUAUUGUCCGAGCCUCACCUUCAAGGCUCGUUAUCGCAAAGGGAAUGUACCGUUGAUCCGGAUCUCGCACUCUCGAGGGGUAUUAUCGAACCGCUUUCCACCUUGAAGAAAACCAAUAGACUACCAGUCUCGAAUAUGGUAAUAUUAAUUGACGCCGUUUGUGAAGCGGAAUACCACAGGCCAGAUAGAGGCGAUACUAUAGCUUCUUUUCUGACGAGACAUGCACCUAACAUUCCCAGUUGGUUGAAGAUUGUUUGCACAGUCAGGACGCAGUUGUUGGAUUGUGCGAAGCAACUGCCAUACACGAGAAUUUCGUUAGAUAAGACUGCGAAUGAUGCGAUUGGUAAUAGUAUCGCAAAAGAUUUGUCCGAUUAUGUCGGUUACAGACUCGCACAGAGUCCCUCCAUACAGGCGAACGUGACUGCGUCAGUGAAUGGCAAGACGGAAUCAUCGUGCAGCGCGAAUCAAACGAGAUUUGCUUCGCAUCUGCUUGCUCUAGCUAAAGGCAGCUUCCUCUUCGCCAAACUGUCGCUCGAUCUUAUCGAGAGCGGCCAUUUAGUCGCUAAAUCUGCAAGUUAUAAGGUACUACCGGUCUCUCUCGCGCAGAUCUUUCAGUUGCAUUUUAAUCUGAGAUUUCCUACGGUAGCUUCGUUCGAUAAAGUGCAACCUCUUCUGGCUGUCUGUUUGGCAGCUCUGUAUCCACUGACCUUACUUGAAAUUUUCUAUUCCGUAAAUUCUUUAAAUAUAGAUCAUUUUAUCUCAUGGGAAGACUUUUUACAGAGAUUCAAGAUGCUCUCUGGUUUUCUCGUGAAACGUCUAGAUGAUACCUACAUGUUCUUCCAUCCGUCGUUCAGGGAAUGGUUGAUGAGAAGGGAUGAAGGGGAAUCGACAAAGUUCCUGUGUGACUAUAGACUCGGCCACGCGGCGAUAGCGUUCAGACUAUCCCGCCUUCAAGCGCCAUUAGAUGGUGAUAAAACCUUGGAAUUAGGUCAUCACGUAUUAAAAGCGCACGUUUAUAGAGGUGUAGCUCCAUGUUGGCCUUCGCGCGAUUUACAAGCUAUCUGGCUGACUUUGUCGACCGAAUGCAUCUCUUCAGCGUUAUGCACGCUUCGGAAUAUCUACAGUCCAAAUGUGAAGGUGUCGCGGUUGCUCCUGCUGGCAGGUGCAUCGCCGAAUCAUAUAACUGAGUAUUUGGGUAACGCACCGGUUUUAUGUAUGUACGCGCACGAGGGUUUUGUCGAGAUGGUAUCCCUUCUUCUCGAAUUUGGUGCCGAUGUCGAACUGACUAAUAGUCAAGGCUGUACCGCGUUAUCGCUGGCAGCUGCCCGAGGACACUGUGACGUUGUGAGAAGAUUGGCUGCCGCUGGAGCCUUGUUAGGACACGCGGAUAUGGCUGGCCAAUGUCCUCUAGUACACGCGGCGAGGCACGGAAGAUUGUCCGUGGUUGGGUAUCUUCUUGCUUGCGAUUGGAUCUUACCAGCCGGUGAGAAUAAAUCGGAAAGCGGGGCGUCAGAAAUAGGCAGAGAAGAAGCUGCCCAACAAGCCGUUGUUGCAGCUGCUUCGCAAGGCCACGAAGCUGUUGUGGAAUAUCUUUUAGACAUGGCUGAAGUGAUUGUAGAUCGUCCCGAUACAUUGAUAGGUGAAACCGCUUUAACGAUCGCCGCUGCGAAUGGCUCGACUGCAACAGUUUCCGCACUUUUGGCCCGCGGUGCUAAUCCUACUGCUGUAAAUGCGAAAGGCCUUUCCCCUCUCAUGCUCGCCGCCAAGGAAGGACAUUGGGGUACUGCUGAACGACUUUUACAAGGAGAUCUAUCCAUUAGCACGGACGCAAUAUUGGACGAAGCUAUAUCGCUUCUGGAACAACGCGAUCCUGAUGGUCGCACCGCGUUAAUGCUGGCUGCUUCCGAAGGUCACACCAAUCUUAUCGAAUUGUUCCUCGAUAAAGGAUCGAUUUUAGAAACAAAAGACAAGGAAGGACUUACUGCUCUCGGUUGGGCUUGCCUUAGAGGACGCGUAAUCAUCGUACAGAUGUUGCUUGAUCGUGGCGCCAAUGUUAGUACGAAUGACAAUACUGGUAGGACUCCUUUGGAUUUGGCCGCAUUUCAGGGUAAUCCAAAAUUGGUACAGUUGUUACUCGAAAAGGGAGCCGCGGUAGAACACGUCGAUCUUCACGGCAUGCGACCUUUGGACCGUGCUAUUGGAUGUCGUAAUAUACCGGUGGUCCAAUGUUUUCUGCGUCGUGGCGCUAAACUGGGUCCUGCCACAUGGGCUAUGGCGGCGGGAAAGUCGGACGUUUUAAUAAUCCUGCUAAAUAAGCUUUUAGAAGACGGCAACGUUUUGUAUCGGAAGAAUAGAUUAAAGGAAGCGUCGCAUCGUUACGCAUAUGCUCUUAGAAAAUUUCCAGCCUCGCCGGAAGAAGAUUGCCAAGGACAAGAGCAAAGUCAUAUGAUGCUGCAGCUGCAAACUUUUACACAGCUUCGAUUGAAUUUUCUUCUAAAUCUCAGCCGAUGUAAACGCAAGAUGAAUGAAUGCGUCGAAGCUAUCGAACUCGCUGAUGAAGCUCUUGGCGUCCGUUCCAUUUCUUACGAAGCAUUCUAUGCCAGAGCUAAGGCUCGUGUGGAUUUAGGCUUAUUAGAAGAUGCCCUGUCCGAUGUUCAGGAAGCUCUUCAAAAUGUGCCUGCUCACAAUAGACAAGAUCGUAAGGUACUUGCAGCCUUGAAAGAUGAAAUUCUUUCUCGGAUCGAUGGUAUUGGAACUAAUAAAGGGCAUGAAGAUUAUAUCGCUAGAUCUCGCCUUCGAGCGUCAGUGGAUACUCUUACAGAAUUAUAA